AUGGAAGGCUUUCAUGAAGAUAUCCGAUCAAAAAUUCUUCCUCGCGUUCCUGUUGAAUCUGUCUUUCAUAAGAUGGAAGAUUUUAAUGAAGAUAUUCAAUCAAAAAUUCUUUCUCUCGUUCCCGUUGAAUAUGUCCUAAACUGUAAACUAGUGUGUAAAAGAUGGCGACAACUUCUUUCGGAUAGAAAAGUAAGUCUUGGUAUUUUUUUCACGUUCUCGUGUUCCCCAGAGCCUAUCAUUCAGCUUUACUAUGCAGAUUAUGACGUUAUUAAAAGUACCAAACCUAAGGAGGAGAAUUUUUACAAGACAGAAAUAACUAAGAUCAACCUUCCUCCACUAAAAGAAGAACGCCAAGGACAAGUCAUAGUUGGUUCUUGCAACGGCUUGGUUUGCCUGGCACUACCAUGUAAAGGUGUUCGCGAUCCUGUCUACAUCUGCAAUCCUCUGACAAGUGAAUACGUAAUUCUCCCAAGAAUAAGCAACGACAGAUCUUGGGGUAAAUCUUGGGAUAUCGUGAGUGGGUUCGGUUACAUUCCUUCGACUGACGAGUACAAAGUUGUAAGGAUAUUGUGUCCUGCAGAUCGGUUCGGUGACCCAAGUUCUACUACCAAGGAACAGGUCUCUACUACCAAGGGAUCACAGGUCCAAGUGUACACUCUUGGCAGAGGUAGUGGUACUGGUUGGAGAAAUAUAACAGAAACCGAGUAUUCAUUGCUUAACGAGGGCAUCCUUGCAAAUGACUCGCUUUAUUGGAAGAACGAUAAGAACAAGAAGAUUGUGGCUUUUGGUUUGGCGGAUGAAAGUUUUCGAGAACUCCCACCACUACCACCAUGUUUUCAAUUUCCCAGAUAUGAUGAGAGAAGAGUUGUUUAUCUUACAACGUUGGGAGGGCAUCUGUGUCUUGUAGAUCAUGCAGAGGAUGAUUGUGUAGACAUAUGGUCCUUUAAAAAGAACAGGAAUCAGGUGAACAAAAGUAAUUACGAGGUGAUAGAACAUGACUAUUACCACGAUUGGAGUUGGAGCAAGGAUUUUAGCGUAGAAUGGGAAAAAGAUGGUGAAUUCCUUGAGCCCUUCGCCCUCACAAAGAACAACCAAGUUUUGAUUUGGUCCGGAUCUGCACUAAAAAGUUAUGAUCCGAUAACCAAAUCUUUAAAUCUUAUUAUUGAGAGGGAGCCUUUCUUAAAGACGUUCGGAGGAAUUCUUCACAUGAACAGCCUGGUUUCCCUCAAAGAUCUUGGAGUAGCAUCAAAGACGUGGGCCGGAUGGGUGUCUAAAAAAACACAACCAUCCCAAGAAGAAUGA